CACGACAAACUUAACCUACUCGCGCUUUACCUCAAAAAUCUCCCAGAUGAUAUACCAUUGGUCCAUUCUUCAGCCACAGCAUAUGGCUUUGACUUUUACGUUGCCGACGAUGAAGACAUUUCAGACAUGGGCGAGAUUGGUGCCCUAAAUCGUGAAUUCGAAAUUCGACUGGGUCAGCGCAAUAACGGGCCAAUCAUAUUCAAAGAGCGAGGCGCAGGUCUCGAGGGUGUUGUUGAUGUGCUGAAGGCAUAUCUUGAGGAACACAAGCAUUCGAAUGAGGUUGUAUUACUUCACAAAUGGGUGGAUGAUCUCGUC